AAAAUAUAUAAGAAUAAUGCAUCAGUGCUUUUAAACUUUUAAAAUUAAUAUAACUAUUAGUAUAGCAUCAUUUUUUUAAAAUUAAUUUAACUUCUAAAUAUAAAAUAUAAAUGUUUAUGUGAACUGUUUUUACUUCAAAUAAGUAGAUUAAUUAACUAAAUGAACGGUAAAAUGUAAUGAAUCAUCAUAUUAAAAAUUACAAAUACGAGAAUGUAUUCUAUAUUCUUAAUAAAACUGAUUUAAAAUAAUUUACACUUAAGAAUCUAAGUUAUACACUUUAUCUUGUCUAUAGCCUUAAAUGUGUUUAUUUUAUUUUCUUAAUUAUUGGCGAUUUUACCCACGCCUCAUAAAACUUUAAAUUGAUGUCCUUGUUUAAAGUUAACACAAUUAAACAAAUUUUUAAUUUCAAGGUUAAAAUACAAGAAAUAAGAUGUAACUUAAAAUUAUAUAAAAUUUUUAAAAUUUUUUAAUUACUCCAGAUAAGUUCUUUUCUGUUUAGUAAAUUCAGAUACUUAUAGUUACUUAUUAAUUCUACUAUUAUCACACUUGGCUUUAAUUUUAUUUGUUGCACACAUAAACCGUAUAAAUAUAUAUACAGAACACUGCCAACAAAUAUUCUCAAAAUUAUCUUAAUUUCUAAAAAAUAAAAAAUUAACGCAGAUUUUGUUCAUAAUAUCACAAAAAAGUAUCAGAAAUAUGUACAAAGAUCUUUGGCUCUUGCGACUUUCCGUAUUGUAAAAGUAUUAUAACAAAUGAUAUAUUAGCUUAUAAGUAAAAUAAAAGUAUAACCAAAUUACAUUCGAAGGGAUUAUGGGACAUAGACUCGCGACACUCACAAAUGGUCUAUAACUCUAAAAGCAAAUAAUAGAACUUUACAUGUUAAAUGCGUGUACACAUUACGUCAAACAUUAAAUUAAAUUAUAUCAUUUGAAAGUUAUAUUGAAAACCUUUAAAUUACACUAAAAUAAAAAAAAAUUAAUACUCGACAUAUUUCUCAAACUGACAUAAAAAAUAUUCAUGUAAAAAUCUUUCAACUACUUAUAAUACUAAAAUGCAGCUUUUAUGACAACAUAAUAAACAUUUGUAUGUGACCAUGUUAUAACACCUAAACACUAAGUAAAAAAGUAAUUUAGACAAUUAUCCUUAAAAUUUAACACAAAGUAUACGAAAUAUUGUGAAUUUUAUGACCUCACGUCUAAUCCGCCAUAACCGCCUUCUCUCCUGUAUAAUAUUAUAAUUGACAAAUGUUCUAAAAACAAUUUGCCAGUCAUUGUCACCAAUUCCGUUUGAAAACAUCGAUUGACUUACUGUGUAUGUUUAUAAAAAUUAAAUAAUAUAUGGUGUUAAUACACUUAUCUAGCGAUCCAAUAUUAUAUCCCCUUGAUAAUUGGGCUAUAUGUUGAUGGGAUGGAUUCAAAUAGUAAGUGAUAUUAGUUUGUAAGAGGAAUCGCGAGAAUAAUGACAAUGAUAACAACCGUACAACAGGCUUUAUAUCCUUUAUUACUAAUCUGUUGUAUUUUUGGCUUAGGGAUCUAUUCUCCAAAAAAAUUUUAUUUAAAUAUUCUAUAUAAUCUGGCAAUAUGGACUAGUUACAGUUGUCUUUGUUAUUACGUGGUGACCACACUUGAGGCAGGAAUAUGGUAUCGAUCAAUUUCUAAUACAGCUCACAUACGAAUUGGCGCUCUCACUACCAUUAUUUCUAUUAUCAUGAGUGUAUAUCGAGACAGGAAAUUUAGAUUGUUUAUGAAAAGACUUGCUGCUGUGGAUGAUACGUUAGAAGAGUUAGGUACUCCAAAAAUAUAUCAAAAACUGCACGCAUAUAUAAAAAGAAUGUUAUUUGGAUGGUUAGUGUGUAGCUACGUGGGAAAUGCAUUUGAUAUGACGUGGUGGUUCUACACUGUGAAAAAUCAUUGGUGUGUGAUUAUUCCUUGCAUCAUAAAUCAUUUUCAUCAUAUCAACUUGUUGAUGGAUUUAUUACUUAUGACAUUUUUAUGGUACAUUAACACUAGAUUUGAUAAGGUAAACGAACACAUGAGGUAUUUGAUAGUGAAAAAAGAAUAUAAUUUAAAUUAUUUUUCAAAAAAAACUAUGCCAAGUACUCGCCAAUAUAUCACGUGUAUUAAUUACAAACAUCUUUUGUGGACAACAAUGCAUCUUCAUUUAGAAUUAUGUCAAAUUGCUCGUGAAUUGAACACAAUAUUUGGGCCGCAAAUGACCAUAGAAAUGAUAGCCUAUAUAGUAUACGUGGCAAGAUUAUGCAAUUAUAUUUACAUGCAUAUACAAACAAAAGGUCGGUACAUACGUUCGCUAAUCUCUUGGUUCGGUAUAUCUUUUUGGGUCUCUAUGCAUUUAGCUAGGCUCUUCAGCUUAAACUACAUAUGUGAAAAAAUUAGCGCUAAGGUAAAUAUGUAAGUUUUCUAUGUAAACUUUCAUAUGUAACUAUAUGUGAACAAAUAAAUAUUAAAAUAUUUCAAUAAAUAUGUAAUAUGUAUUAUA